AUUACGAGUCAAAAAAAUGGUUUGCGUGCAAAUGUCUUAACAGGUGACACUACUUUAAAAAAGGCUUCGAACAAGAAUGUAGCCUCCGAAAUUGCCACUCUUCCGCCUUUUUCUCCAAUUCCACAAAAAUACCGUAGAUCUCAAUUUGAAGAAGGUGAUAUGGUGCUUUUACGCGAUACUCAAAAAAGAAUUAAAGGUUCAAGAGUUUUCCUAGUUGGCCCGUUAAAAAUUGGUAAUAAAAAGGAAGUUCCGGGUGGUAUUUUGGAACAUUCUAACAUUAUUGGGAAAUCAAUUAGAGAUGUUGUAAAGACUAACAAAGCUGGAACGGGUAAUGGAUCUUUAACUCUUUAUUUGGCAAGAUCUUUAUAUCCUACUGGUCAUUUACAUUCCAUAGAUAUCAAUCGUGAUGCCAGUGUUAAGGCCCGUAAAAAUGUUACGCGUUUUUCACGUGGAAUAUAUUCCGAUUGCAUAUCGUUCAGCAUAGGUCAAUGUUCAAAAGUACUUGAUUCUAUGGACAUUACCCUUUCAAUGUAUGAUGGUGUAGCAUUAGAUAUGCCUGAGCCGUGGAAUGAACUACCUUCGAUCGUUCCACGAGUGAAAAUUGAUAGAUAUAUCGUGUGCUAUUUACCAAAUAUGACUCAAGUAUUGGAGUUAAUAAAACAAAUCAAAUAUCAUAAAAUCGCAUUAGCAACUGAACAAGUUCUAGAAAUACAAUGGAGACCAUGGGAUGUUAGGGCUACAGUUAUAAGAGGCAAAAUGGAUGAUGAAAGUUUUUCGGUUAAACAAUUAACUCUAAAUGAUGAGAUACCUGAUCAAGCUUUAGGGCAUAUUUGUCGACCUUCACAUGAACCGACUGGACAUACUGCAUUUUUAAUACAGUUGAAAAAAAUUGUUCAUACAUAA